AUGACUGAAAGCAAGGAUACCGUCAAACAGAUCUGCUUCGAUGUGAUUGGGACCUGCUUCCAUUUCGACGCUCCGAUUGCUGUUCUCGAGGAGCGGCUCUCGGAUAGCUUGAAAGAACGAAACAUCACUGCCGAGGCACUCUUCUUCUCCCUCUUCUACGCAGCUCAGCGCGACUUCACCUAUCUGUCUAUGGUAGAUGCGUACACUCCCAUUGGCAAAGUCAUCAAGAGUACCGUCAAGCGUGCCUGCUUGAUACUGGGUCUUGAGUCACCCCUCCUGACUGAGUCCGGCGGCACCGAUCUCGAAGACGCUGUCAUAGAGGCCUUCAAGAAGAUGCCAGCACGCCCUGGACUGAAGGAGUUGUUUGAUGGAUUGCAAGAUGAUGGGUGGCAGUGUGUGGCUGUCACUAAUGGAGCACGGAGCACAACUCUUGGCUAUUUUAGUGAUGCUGGGAUCAAGAUUGACGAUGAGCACUGCUUGAGCUGCGACGACAUCAAGGUGGCCAAACCAGCCGCAGCCGUGUACGACAACGCAAACAAGCAUCUUGACAUCCUCGGUGGUGGAGCCCAAAAUGUUCGAUGGUUUGUAGCGGCACAUUCAUGGGAUCUGAUCGCUGCUCGAAAGGCUGGCUUCAAGACUGCCUACCUGCCGAUUGAGGAGCAGGAUCCAUGCACAGCUCUGUUUGGAGAGUUCGAUAUCUACGCGGAGAAUAUGAAAGACCUUCUCAAACAAAUGCGCACAGUAGACUUAUAA